CCGACCACCAAGCGGAGAGCUCCGCCGCCGCCGCCAAUGGAGCUCCUGGGCGGGGCGGCGCUGGCGUGGCAGCAGUACCGCUCGCUGGUCCGCAAGAACGCCACGCUGACGUGGCGCCACAGGCGGUCCGCGUCCCUGCAGCUCCUCUCCUCCCUCGUCUUCAUCUUCCUCAUCUUCUGCAUCGACCGCGCCGUCCGCUCCCGCUUCUCCUACACCACCGCCUACCGCAACGUCCCCGACCCCUCCCCGCUCGUCGCGCCGCCCAUCCCGCCCUGCGAGGACAAGUACUUCGUCAGGGAGCCGUGCUACGACUUCCUCUGGAGCGGCGCCUCGAGCGCCCGCGUCGCCCGGAUCGUCGACGCCAUCCGCCGGAACAACCCCGGCAGGCCCAUCCCCGCCGACAAGGUGUUGGGAUUCAAUACUCCAGAUGAAGUUGAUGCUUGGCUUUUCCAAAAUCCAAUGCGCUGUCCUGGUGCCUUACAUUUUCAAGUUAUAAACGACACUCAGAUAAAGUAUGGUAUUCAGACAAACUCCACUCCGGUGGCUCGGAGAGGAACAUAUGAGGACCCUACAUUCAAGUUCCAGAUACCACUUCAAGUUGCAGCUGAGAGGGAAAUGGCGAGGCUACUGAUUGGAGACCCAAAUUUUAGCUGGACGGUGGGGUUCAAGGAAUUCGCUCACCCAGCUACAGAAACCUUUUCUACUAUCGCCCAAGCUGGUCCAACUUUCUUCCUUGCCAUUGCUAUGUUCGGAUUCGUUUUCCAAAUCAGUGCAUUGGUGACAGAGAAAGAGCUUAAACUUCGUCAGGCUAUGUCUAUCAUGGGGCUCUACGAGUCAGCGUAUUGGUUGUCUUGGUUAACCUGGGAGGCUUUUGUCACGUUGCUUUCAGCACUUCUUACCGUGCUGUUUGGGAUGAUGUUCCAGUUUGACUUCUUUCUGAACAAUAACUUUGGGAUCCUAUUCCUCCUGUUCUUCCUCUUCCAGCUGAACAUGCUUAGUUUUGCCUUCAUGAUAUCCACAUUUGUAACAAAAGCAGCAUCAGCUACUACUGUUGGAUUUGCAAUAUUCAUUAUUGGCUUCUUGACACAGCUUGUAACAAUCUUCGGGUUUCCAUAUUCAAGUUCAUUCCAGAAGUACUAUCGGACAAUAUGGUCCUUGUUUCCACCUGAUGUUUUUGCGCAAGCCCUCAACAUUCUAGGUAAGGCAACAGCCACUCCUGAAGACAAAGGAAUUAGCUGGAAUCAGCGGGGACAAUGCCAAUCUUUUGAAACAGAUUGCGUCAUUACUAUUGAUGAUAUCUACAAAUGGCUCAUCUCCACAUUUUUCUUGUGGUUUAUCCUAGCGAUCUACUUUGACAAUAUAAUUCCAAACGUCAAUGGUGUUCGAAAGUCACUGUUCUACUUUCUGAUGCCUUCAUACUGGACAGGGAAAGGGGGAGGCAGAUUGCAAGAGGGAGGCCUCUUUAGCUUUUUUGGUUCGAACCGCCCAGCUGACGAUGCUGCUCCCACUGACGAGGAUGUUAUUGCUGAGGAAAACCUAGUAAAACAACAAAUUGCAAACAGUGAAGUAGAUCCUGGUGUUGCAGUUCAGAUACGUGGUUUGAGGAAAACAUACCCAGGGAGUUUUAGUAUGGGUUGCUGCAGAUGCAGAACGACUAAACCAUUUCAUUCAGUCAAAGAUUUAUGGGUAAACCUUGAGAAGGACCAGUUAUUUUGCCUUCUUGGGCCCAAUGGAGCUGGUAAAACAACUACAAUUAGUUGCCUGACUGGAAUAACACCAAUUACAGGCGGCGAUGCUAUGAUUUAUGGGCAUUCUGUUCGAAGCACUGCUGGGAUGGCGAAUAUUCGGAGGAUGAUUGGAGUCUGUCCACAGUUUGACAUCUUGUGGGAUGCAUUGACAGCUAGAGAGCACAUGGAACUGUUUGCUAGCAUCAAGGGAUUACAUCCAUCAACAAUCAAGUCGGUUGCAGAACAGUCGUUAGUCCAAGUGAAGCUCAGCCAGGCAGCUAAUGUCAGAGCUGGUAGCUACAGUGGAGGAAUGAAACGCCGGCUAAGUGUUGCAAUUGCUCUAAUCGGUGAUCCAAAAUUGGUCUUUCUUGAUGAACCGACUACUGGCAUGGAUCCAAUAACAAGGAGGCACGUCUGGGACAUCAUAGAGGAAGCCAAGAAAGGAAGAGCUAUUGUCUUGACCACCCAUUCCAUGGAGGAAGCUGACAUUCUGAGUGACAGGAUUGCUAUCAUGGCUAAAGGGAAAUUGAGGUGCAUUGGGACUUCAAUUAGGCUGAAGUCGAAAUUCGGAACUGGAUAUAUCGCUAAUGUGAAUUUCUCUGGAAAUGGUCAUACACAAAGCCCUAAUGUCAAUGGCAAUGCUGAAGUCCCGGUCAAUCCUAACAUAGAGGCUGUCAAACUGUUCUUCAAGGAACGGCUUGAUGUGGACCCGAAAGAGGAGAGCAGGACAUUCUUAACGUUCGUCAUCCCCCAUCAGAAAGAACCACUCCUGACUGGAUUCUUCGGGGAACUCCAAGACAGGGAACGGGAAUUUGGCAUCUCCGACAUUCAGCUCGGCCUCACGACGCUCGAAGAAGUGUUCCUGAACAUUGCAAAGCAGGCAGAGCUGGAGAGCUCUACUGCUGAAGGCACCCUGGUUACGCUGAACCUAUCAUCAGGCUCAUCGAUCCAGAUACCCAAGGGGGCUCGGUUUGUCGGAAUUCCGGGAACGGAGUCGGAGGAGAAUCCAAGAGGAGUGAUGGUUGAAGUAUACUGGGAUCAGGAUGACAAUGGGUCACUCUGCAUUUCUGGCCACUCUGAUCAGAUCCCUGUCCCACCCAAUGUUCAGCUGGGGCGGCCCCCUUCGCUGUCUCGCAGGGCCUCGGCGCGCCGUGGAAACCACCCUGUUGGGUACGUCAUCGAUCCGAACGAGGUCACGGCGUCAGGUUGAGCCCCAAAACAAGAUGGAUGAAUGAAUAUUCUUAGUGUGGAAGAAAUUAGACAUGGUUUUCAUGUAAAUUAUUAUCUCUAGGUGUAAUGCGAUGUAUAGAUAUGUUUGUACUAAAACGGUCUAAUUUUAUGUUUUGUGGUAAAGUAAGUUCUUGGUGAUGGAUACAAUAGGAUUACAUUUUUUUUCCCCUGUUUGGUGGCAGACGAUUAGAGAUACAAGAAUGACAGGGAUAUUGCCAGUGAUUUGGGUGUCCUUCAGGACUGUUGGAUGUUUGGGUGUCCUUAUUUUUGUAGAUAAUGGUUGAUUUA